AUGAAGAACGAAGUCUUUGAAGUUCAAACUUCUCCGGUAUCGAGCAGUUCUGUUGGUCUGGUAUCAAAGGAUAGCUCAGAAUUUGGAAACGUACAUAGAAAGUUAAAAAGUCGACACGUACAGUUAAUAUCAAUUGGAGGUGCAAUUGGAACUGGAUUAUUUGUCACAAUUGGUUCAGGUCUUAUAAGAGGGGGUCCUCUAGGAAUUCUUUUGGCUUACACUUUCUGGACAAUUAUUGUUAUGUUAUUAACUUCUGCUGUUGGUGAGUUUGUCUGUUAUUUACCGGUUUCAUCUCCAUUUAUUUCAAUGGCAGGUAGAUGCGUGGAUGAGGCACUAGAAUGUUGUGCUGGUUGGAAUUUCUUCAUUUUAAAUGCAUUGUUUAUUCCGUUUGAAAUAACUGCUGUUAAUGGAAUGAUUCAUUUCUGGAGGGAUGAUUACAGUCCUGCAAUAACGCUUUGUAUCCAAAUCUUGAUCUAUGCUUUGAUUAAUAUCUUUGCUGUAAAGCUCUUUGGGGAAAUUGAAUUCUGGUUAUCAAUGGGAAAAUUAAUAUUGUGCAUUGGGUUAUUAUUCUUCACCCUCAUUACCAUGUGUGGUGGCAAUCCCAAACAUGAUGCCUUUGGGUUCAGAAAUUGGAAUGUUUCAGGAGGCCCUAUGGCUGAAUAUAUAGGUACUGGCAGCGUGGGUAAAUUCGAGGGAUUUUUGGGUGCAUUGUUAGGUCUGGCUUGCUUUGUUAUAUUGGGUGUUGAGUAUAUAUCAAUGGUCGCUGCAGAAGCUGAAAAUCCAAGGAAAGUGAUGCCAUUAGCCUUCAAGACUGUGUUGUUUAGGUUAGCAUUAUUUUAUAUCAGUGGUGCUUUAUGUGUAUCAAUUUUAGUUGCUUAUGAUGAUCCACUUUUUGUCAAAAUGAAUGCCGAAACUUCUAAUGCUGCUGCUUCUCCAUAUGUAAUAGCAAUGGAAAACUUGGGAAUCAAAGCAUUGCCAGACAUUGUCAAUGUUCUUAUAAUUAGUUCUGCUUUCUCUGCGGGAAAUUCCUAUACAUUUUGUGCAAGCAGGGUAUUGUAUGGUUUAGCUAAGGGUGGGUAUGCUCCAAAGGUAUUUAGAAAAUGUAACAAACAUGGAGUGCCUAUUUAUUGUGUUUUGGUAGCUAUUUGCUUUUCUUUAUUAAGUUUAAUGCAAUUAGGAACAAAAAGUGCAAAGGCAUUGAGUUACAUGGUUAACUUAUGCACAGGCUGUCUGUUAUUAAACUAUGGGUUUAUGACAAUCACUUAUAUUGGCUUCUACAGAGCAUGCAAAUCACAAAACAUCGAUAGAAACUCCUUACCAUAUACUUCUUGGGGCCAGCCUUAUUCCAUUUACGUCGCAGCUCUAUUUAUAUGGAUAGUGGUUAUUAUCUUGGGAUACAGUGUUUUUAUCCCUGGUAAGUGGUCAGUUGAUGACUUUUUAUUUUCAUAUGCGUUAAUAUUUAUUAAUAUUGCCAUCUUCCUCUUUUGGAAAUUUUGGAAGAAAACGAAAUUUAUUAAACCGAGUGAAGCAGAUUUGACAACUGGGAUUAAGGAAAUCGAAGAACAUGAAUAUAAUUAUUAUGCACAAAAUGAACGUAAGGAAACAAGAAAUAGGGUUCAAAGGUUACUUGGUUGGGUAUUUUAG